GGCUAGUGAAUUCAUGCUAGAUUUUUCCCCAUCUGUGGGACCUGUAGAGUCCCGUAGAAUGGCAUGACUUGUCAACCCGAGUGUCACGCGUCUCUCGCAGAAGAAAGUUCCACAGAUUUCGGAUUGAAAACUUUCGUCCAGUGAAUCUGCUUUUGCAAGGCCAGUAUGAAAUUGUGCGUGUAUUCCAAAGUGGUGAAAAUGUAUGCAUUUUCUUUGAGGUGCGUUUUGGUCUGCAGUUAAGGAUAUGUGGGAAAUGGAAAUGGACAAAACUCCAUAUCCGGUCAAGAUAAACCCAGGAUAAGUGUGACUCUAUGGGGUGUGGUUCCAGUCGAAGAAUACAGGCAAUCACCUCAACCCCAAUUCAGAACUCUGCCAAUCACAACAAAGACAUGGUGCUACCUGUGGCUUGGAUGUCCCAGGCCAAGAAAGCUGUACCCAUCUCGGCAAAUGCAUCCGCGCAGACCGACGCCUGUUCCAGAAUGUCGGACACUGACGCCCAGACGGACAUCGAGCUCACGCCCAUAAUGGGCUGGGACACGAGGGACGUCGAGACCCAGACUCCAGUGGACGAAGGGUUCGACAGUCUGGAUAGGAUCCUUGCCAAAGCGGAUCAGUUCUUGUUGAUGCCCAAGUACAGAUCUGACCACUUUGUUACCACCUGUGUCGAUGCGUCUGUCCAAACGACGUACAGCAGGGCUGAAGAGUCCACGCAAACAGAUCCAGAACCUUCGAGAGAUGACUAUCGUCAAGAUGUGAAGGAAAACGGAAGUUUCGAUUCGAUUUUCGCAGAUCUGUCCAAUAAAUAUGACACUGAAAACAGAAUUGAUGAUUUAUUAGCAAGGUCUACGAAAAUGUCAUCCAUGGAAUCUCAGACAGAACCGGUUAACAGAGCCAAAGCUGCCAACACCGCGGACAGCGAGGCGGCCGGCGUGCUCUACAUGAGCGAGUUGCUCUCGCCCUUCGCCCACCUGGAGAAGGAACUGGGCAGCGGUGCCUUUGAGGACAGUCGCCUGUCGAAGGACGCUGUCCAGGAUGGUAUCACCAGGCUGCUGAUGGACGUAGAGGACAGCUUAAGCAAGCACGCCGUCCUCGACUAUGCCCUCAAAAUGAACCUCAGGGAAAUUGGAGUACAGACAGACAACGAUCCGAUAACAGACGAGGCCCCUGAAUAUGCGGCAAGACCACCACCUUGCAAGAAGCAAGAAAUGAUUCCAGAUAUGAAUGUUUUUGAGGAAAUUGACAAGCAUGCCACUGAGGCUCCAGAAUCUACAAAAUCUUCCUUGAGAAAUUUAGUAAAUUACCUGUGUGCUGCCGCUGAAAAUGAUCUGUUCAAAGUUCGAGCAUUUUUCAGAUGGAUAUCCAACAACAUCACGUAUGACUGGAAAUAUAUGGAUGUAAAGCUUGGAGCUGAUCAAGUUCUGGUUCAAGGAGAAGGCGUGUGCAAGGAUUACUGCAAAUUAUUUGGGGAAAUGUGCAAGCUGGCCAAUAUCCGGGUAAAACGCAUACAUGGAUUUGCGAAAGGAUUCGACUACAGGCCCGGUCACCAAUUCCACCCCGGAGAGGACAUCACGCAUGCCUGGAAUGCUGUCUUCAUUUUUGGAGCCUGGCGUCUCAUAGACGUCACUUGGGGAACAGGUUAUACAGAUCACACGGGGAAAUUCCAGCGCAAAUUGAACGAGCAUUUUUUCCUCACUGACCCAGAAGUGCUAAUUUGGACGCAUUUUCCUUACAGUGAAAUGGAAAGUAACUACUCCAGAUGGCAGCUUCUAGACAAGCCACUCAAACUGGACGAGUUCAAUGCCCUUCCAAAAGUGACUCCGUUCUUCUUCGAAUACAACCUGCGAAUCCGAUCCCGUCCUCAAAAUCCCGUCGUGUUCCGAUUCCAGACAGAGCUUAAAAUCACGGCCCACAAGCCGACGAGGUAUAAGUACAAACUGUAUUCGGUGGAAGACAGAGAGAAUGGGGCGCUCAACAACUACGUCUUCUGCCAGCUGAAAGAGGAUAGACUGCUGGGCUCCUUUGCCAUCAGCCCGCCGUCCGAAGGAAUGUAUUAUUUCAAGGUAUAUGCUAGACCCGAAUGGCAGAUGUAUGAAGACACAACACUCAAAAAUGUAGCCAUUUUCUUGCUGGAGUGCUUAAAAGCAAAGAAGCACAUCAAUCCCUACCCCUUGCACGACGUACCGUGGGGUCCUGCACAGUCUUUCUAUGACUUCAAGAUGAAGUUGAUUAACCAGGUAGGACCUGUCAUAGUAACGUGGGGUGGAAAGAGGAAACUGACUCUAGAAACAGCGACAGUCAUGCUCAUCACACAGCAACUCUUUGACGCCAAUAACAAGGAGAUGGAUACCAGAGGAAUCAUCAGCCGUGAGGACUCCGAUAUCCGCAUCACCUUUACCAUCACUCCCCCAAGAACAGGCUACUUCAAACUCCUCAUCUUCGGGAUUCCAAAGCCCAAACUCAAAGGCAAGUGGCGACUGCCGCUCCUGGCCUCCUUCCUGAUCGACUGCAAGCUCACCAAGAACCCUGGGGAUGACGAUCCUUACAAUUCCAACACCAAGAAAGAUACCAAGAAGAAAAGAAUGAGGGUGCCCACGGUCAGGUGAAGGGGACCUGGCCGUAAAAAGGGCUCCUGGACAUGAUGGCCUCUUGCAGUGUUGAGUGCUUGGAUCGCGCCUCAGGUUAUCCAUUGUUUGGUUCAUUUGCUUUAUUUUUCUUUCAUUCUGCGACAUCUGGGAAUGGAAACUGUUUUAUUAACAGAAAGUAAUUAAUUAGCUG